AUGGACUCCCCUCGCUUUCCUCCCCCCGGCGCACACCCAGGCACACUACAUUAUAUACCUGACAACCUCGCAGCAUUCGAGCCAACCAAAUCGCUCUCGCAGGCUGGGAAUGUCAACAUGCUGAUAUGGAUUGGUGGCAUGUUUGAUACUUUCCUGUCCGUUGCGUAUCCAUUCAAGAUUGCUGAGGCCCUGCCGCCGACAUGGAGCUUGAUGACUGCCUCCCUAGGCUCGGCCGGGAAGAGCUGGGGUGUAGGCAGCAUUGCUCAAGACGCAAAGGACAUCGCCAAGAUUGUAGCAUAUGUGAAAGAGCGAAGACCUGGUGGUAAGAUCGUGAUCAUGGGCCACAGCACAGGAUGCCAGGAUUGCAUGGAAUAUGUAGUCGGGGCGAAGGCAGGUGAGCGGCCUGCUGUAGAGGGGGUGAUCUUGCAAGCUCCAGUAUCAGAUCGACAGGCUCUCGAAGCACAGCUGCCACAAGCCUUCAUGUACGAAGCGAACCAGCUAGCUCUGAAGAUGUGCCGUGAGGGCCACGAAAAAGAUGCAAUGCCAAACCGACUUACUGUGUCAGCAUUCGGGCGGAUAGCUAUCAGUGCUCAGCGAUGGGUCGACAUUGCCUCACCAGGACCUGAUCAUGCCGGAGCGGACGACUAUUUCUCGAGUGACCUACCAGAUGCGAGGCUGAAGAGCACAUUUGGCAGGUUCUCACCAACCACGCCGCUACUGAUUCUGUACAGUGGCAGUGAUGAAUCAGUGCCCAGCUCGGUCAACAAAGACGAGCUCGUCCACAGAUGGAUCAACAUUGUGCAAGAAGGUGGAGGCCACGUUGAUCAGUACAACGGGUCUAUCGUGCCCGACGCAACACACAAUCUGAAUGGCUGCGCUGAGAAGGUGGUGCGAGACCUGGUCCAGAGAGUCGUGGGCUUCGUAGCACGACUGGACAAUGGAGAUUUCAAUCCGCAGAGUCAGGCGUCACGUAUAUGA